UGCUCUUUGGCUCAAAUUUAGCUAAUGUAGGCAUUGUAGGUUAUGACUUAUGUUGUGACAUGUGAGAAUACAAAAACAAAAUACUUAAAAAAAGAUAAUUACAUUUAAAAAUCGUUUUUUGCUGUAUGUGGUGAAAUAUACACAAUUUGCUACGUAGCUAUGCCUGGUCCCGAUUUACUAUCUAGCCAGGGUUUGCGGUUAGAUGGUCGAAGACCGGACGAAUUACGCCGGAUAAGAUGUAAACUUGGUGUUUUUACGCAACCAGAUGGAAGUGCCUAUUUAGAACAAGGUAAUACAAAAGUGUUAGCAGCUGUCUACGGUCCACAUCAGGCAGCAAAAUCAAAAAUGUCCACAGAGGGUGUUGUUGUUAACUGUCAAUACAGUAUGGCCACAUUUUCAACAGGUGAAAGAAAAAACAGACCUAGAGGUGACCGUAAAUCACAGGAAAUGUCUCUGCAUUUGAGGCAAGCUUUAUCUGCAGCCAUCAAAACAGAAUUGUAUCCUAGAUCACAGAUUGACAUUUAUGUUGAAGUGUUACAGGCAGAUGGCGGCGCGUACUGCGCAUGCGUGAACGCAGCGACCCUAGCCCUCAUAGACGCCGGCGUACCGCUCCGCGCGUACGCGUGCGCGUGCUCCUCGUCCGUGGCGUGGCAAGGCAGUAAGCCCGAAGCGCUGUUGGACGUAGGACAUGUGGAAGAGGCGGCGGGGGGGAUUUGUUUGACGGUGGCUGCUUUGCCGAGUACAGGUAGCAUAGCAUUACUUGAAAUGUCCCACAGACUGCACAUGGAUUAUUUUGAAGUUGUUUUAAGUAGAGCAAUGCAAGGCUGCAGAGAUAUUGAGGUAAUCCUCGACAAAGCUGUCAGAGAACAUUUAGCUGAAGGUUGGACGAAACAAGAUGUUGUGACGAUAUGAAAUAAAUUAAUGAUCUAUCG